AUGUGUGUCUAUUGCUUAACUGGAAAUGUUCAAUAAUCUGUUGUACCAAUAAAUGAGAUCUAAAAGUUGUAUGAAACUAAAUCUACAAUUAUUAAAUAGUUGGAAAUGGAAAAGCACUAAUUAAUGAAGACAUCUCUUGGCAAGUUAAUGGAUACCUUAACUCAGUUGAAAAACGAUUUAAAUGUUGAGUUGGAUAGAGGAAUCCGAUUGAUCGAUAACCAAUUGCAGAUAGAAAAUCAAAAAUCUCAUUGUGAGCAUAAUGCUCCUCAAGAUAGUGAAAAGACAUUAACUGAUUAUAUUUAACUCGUAGUUAACAGUGAAUUUAGUUACUGUUAAUAAGAAAGAAAAGAGGAUUAAUUUAAUUGGAUGUAAUCACUAUCCUAAGAGUUAAAGAGAUUCAACAAAGUAUCAGAAGUUUAAUACUGCUAUUUCAUAUUGGAAGAUCUCAAAAAAUAAUAUUUAAUAAAAGAUCAGAAUAUUAAGUCUUAAAAUUAGAUUCAACAAUUUUACUAGUCGAUUUCUCCUCAAUAAUAAAAUGAGAGGACUCCUAAAUUAGAUUUUAAUUGCAAGAUUCACGGCAAAGAAAUUAUAAUGUUUGAUUUGAGUCCAGAAUCAGAGAAGAAUAGACGAUUAUGCUGUGUGGAAUGCAUGCCAUCUCAAUAUGUUUCAUUAAAUAAGGCAUAGGAAAAAUGGUAAUAGUUUGAAGCCAAAAAAUGUAACUAUUUCUAAUAAUAAAUGUUUGAUAAAGAAUAGCAAUAUGAAUAAGUCUUAGAAUAAAUCAUUAAGAUUGAAUAUUAAAUUAUCGAAUAGGUAAAGGAUCUGAGAGUAAAUUUCGAAUAGAACCUAUUGAUGAUGAAAUAAAAAAAUGCUUUAAAUCUCAAUUUAAUUAAUUAAGGUUUUUAAAAUCUAAAUUAGACUGAAUUAAUGGAAAGAGCGGAAAUUUUAAGUAAAUCCGAAGAAAUUUAAUAAAGAAUAAUAUUUUAAGAAUAUUAGGAAAUCUAAGAUUCUGUUCUGCGUUAGUUGAAAGAAUAGAUAUAAUAAUUAUAUCAUUAUUAAUAAAAUUUAUAUGAUAAUCUAAGAUCUACAUUAUGUAAUUCUCAAGAAAUAAGCAAAGCAACAAGUUAAUCAGAUUAAUAAAAUAAUAUCAAUAACAUACAGUAUUUUAUUACGGAAAAUCGAGAAAAUUCUUAUAGUAAUUAAAUGGAAUUUUGUACUCAAAGAUCUCAAGAAUCUCUAGAGUGGAAAAAUGGCAAUGAAAACUAAUUCAAUAAUCUCAAUUAAUAGAAAUUACAUGUCAUAAAUGAAAAUCGUUAGACUAGAAGCGCCUCCGCUUAGGUAAAAUCUAAAAUGAAGGAGAGUGACAAAUAAAUAAUAGAAGAACAGCAAAUAGAAUUUUAAAAUGAAAAUAAUUAUGAGUUAAUUGAUAAAUUUCCUGAAGAAAAAAGUUGUCAUGCAAUCUCAUUUAAUUAUGAUAACCAAUUAAUGAUUAGCGGUUGCUAAAAUGACAUAACUGUUUGGGAAAUCAAAAACGAAAAAAUAACCAAAAAAUAGCAAUUAGAAGGCCAUACCAAUUUGGUGAUAUCUUUGUUUUUCAGUUUUAAUAAAAAUGAGUUCAUAUCUGGUAGUACGGAUAAAUCGAUUAGAUAUUGGUAAGUUAUGGAGAAUGAAUGGGUUUGUGCAUAAGUUUUAUUAGGCCAUAAAAGAUAAAUUGAUUGUUUAUUAUUAGAUAAUAAAGGUAACUAAAUUAUAUCAUGCAGUUGUGAUAAAUCAAUUAGAAUUUGGAGAAAAAAUGAAUAAAUAAAAUGGAUAUAAGUUCAAGUGCUAACAAAUCAUUAAGCCUAUGUUCGAUGUAUUAGCUUCAGCAAGUCGUAGGAAUAGUUUGUAUCUUGUGGAGAAGAUAAGAUGAUUAUAAUUUGGGAAAUUGAUGAAUUCAAAGAAUGGAAAUUGAAAUAAAUAAUUAGGAAUGAAGACUAUGGAUAUAGAAUAUGUUUUGUUGACGAUAAUUUAUUAAUAUGGUAGCCAAGAAAUAUAAAUAAGGCUAUCAUCUUUUAGUUGGACAGCAACUUGAAUUAAUUUAACUAGAGUAAUUAAAAUAUUUAAUUAAUUUAAUCAAGUAAUGGAUAUCAAAACUUUUUCCCAUCAAUUUAUAAUGAAUAAAAAUAAGUAGUAAUUAAUAAACAUGGAAGAUAUGUAUAUGUUUUGAAAAAAGAAUUUAACAAUACUUUUCUGAUUUCUUAGGUGAUUGAAGUUGGUCAUUAUUGUAAUUAUGGUUCAUUAUCCCCAAAUGGCGAGUAUUUGGUAAUAUGGGACGAAGGAUCGAAAAACUUUUAAAUUAGAAAAGCCAAAUUCUGA